AUGAACGGCAGUAAAUCCAAGCGGUCUCUUCUAGCUCGCCAAGAAUGCUUGGACGUCGCAGACGUAGAGCAAUGCUGCUGGAAAGAAGAGACAGAACCCCCUGCCUACAGUGAUAGCGAGCAGCAGGGCCUCUGCAGUGCUUUCAGAAGCUUCGUCAUGGUGCAUCAGGCACUUUUGAAUACUGUCAUCGGCAAGCACGGCCUGCUGAGCUUGACUCCCUUCACCCAACCGAUUGGGCAAGUGCUCCGGGUUUUGGAGGGAGGUGUUGACGCGCUUGCCUUUGGUAUAAUUGACAGUGUGCCAACCUGUGGACAGGAAGCCACUAAGAACAAGAACAGUCUAGACAUGACUCUUACAGAGGCCCAGGACACGUACAGUCAGUGAGCG